AAUGUAUUUCUAUCCAUUCUCUAUGAUCGUUAAUCACUUUUUCUCUUUUUUUUUGCAAAUAAUCUUACGUAGAAGGGAUAAACAAAGAACGGAAGCUAAGCUACUCUCAUUCGCUCAAUAUCAAGAUGAAAUUACUCAAUCUAGACGGGGUAAUUAUGGACCAGGAUUAAUUUUCGAUCCAAAUGCCUAUAAAGCCCAAAGGGAGGUCCAAUUAAGUCAGGAAGCCAAACUGAUUUUAUGCAUGGAUCCAAAAAUUCGAAAUGACGAUCAAAGACACAUUGCCCUAGUUUCUCUAAGUCAAGCUGUCAAAGCAUUUAGUGAAUUUCCUCUGCAUAUGCAGCAGAAAUUGGUUAAAGUUGGCUGGUACGAGAGAUUUGAAUCAAAGCGAGUUAUUAUUCGACAGGGGCAUAAAGCUGAUAAUUUCUAUUUAAUCUUGUCUGGAACUGCAAUUGUAACUGUACUUGACGUUGACCCAAAAACAGGCCAAUCUUUCAGCAAAACCGUUGCUUUUCUAGGGAAGGGUAAUAGCUUUGGCGAAUUGGCUCUCAUGCACGGAGGAACAAGGAGUGCAACUGUCACCUGUAAAACUGGCGUUGAAUUAUUAGCUGUUGGCAGAGAAGAUUUUGUUGACAUAUUUAUGCACAUUGAAAAAGAUAAAGAGCCAAGCCAUAUAGAAUUCUUAAGGAUAAUAAAUGAAUUUCGAGAUUGGCCUAUUGAGAAACUUCCGUGGAAUGAUCCCAAGAUCUGCUUAUUUACUUUUUUUAGACGAGGUGUUGUCAUGUGUCCUGACAGUAACAAAUCCGACUGGAUAUAUGUCAUCAAGUCAGGAUCUUGUAAAGUAUUAAAAUCGUUAGAAUACACUCAACCUAACCUCUCCGGUUUAAAACAAGAAGAGUAUUCAUCGAACCAAUCAACCCCUCGGCAUUAUACUGAGGAUAUAAAACAUAAUCAACAAUUAGAAAGUUUAUUGCGAGAGCGAUUAUCAAAUUCACAGAGUAUUCCAAAAAUUCGUAUAGAAGACGACGAAGAAAAAAGCCAAGAAGCAGUCAAAAAAACAAAAAUAUUUGUGCAAAUUGCAUCUCUGGGCCAUAAAGACACAUUUGGAUUAGAACAUCUGGUUUUUAACGUAAUGAGAAAAUGUACAAGUGUAACUUUGGUAUCUGAUGGUGCAGAAGCUGUUUUAGUUAGUAAGAAAUUUUUCCAACAGCAUCUUAGCGAUGAUUUUUUAAAGAUACUCAGGAGAACGAUAAGGCCCUAUCCCACUGAAGAUUCUCUUCAAGUAAAAUUACAAGAUAAAACAAAUUGGGAUGCAUAUAAAACUAUGGCCAUUAAUAAUCAAAUAUUAUAUAAUCACUUUGUACAUGAUUUAUUAUUUACAUAG